GCUCUCUCUCUCUCUCUCUCUCUCUAUUCGGGUUCUUGCUCUUUCUCUCUUAUAAGACUUCAGAAUAUCUCAGGACCUUUUGAUCAGCCUUUACCCUAUCUCAUAUUGUCCUCCCUUGCUGGACACUCGACACACAACACCCUUUUAACCCCUCUCUUUCUCGCCCUAGAUCUCUCUCCCUCUCUUUCUCUCUCUAGAUCUCUCUCCCUCUCUCCUCUCUCUAGAUCUCUCUCUUUCUCUCUCCCUCACAUGAUGACUCCAGUCUAUCUGAACCCACCACCCUCUCCUUUCUCCCAUGUCGAGCAAGCAAAUGAUCAGGAACAACGCCUGAAACUUUUUAUAUCAUCAUCAUAUACUAAUCAAGCUGCAGCUUCAUCAUGUUCUUCUCUGAUCUCAUCAUUUCCUACUUUCUUCGACUCCUUUGAAGAUCAAAGAGCUGGGAGUUCUAGCACUACUACUACUACCACUACUCUUGGUCAUGAUCAAUCACUAUUAUACCAUCACAAGGCUGAUAAGCACAUACGGGAUUGUGGAACAAGAACUUAUGAUCAAGCAUCCAAGUCAUCUUCUUUAGUUCAGCCUCAUGUGGUGGACGUUAUAGGCAACAAGGACCAUAGAUUAAUGUCGGCAUAUGCUGAUCAUGAAAGGGAGAUCAAUGGUAGAGGAGGAGAAGAGGAGGGUAAAAGUAAUAAUAAUAUUAGGCCAAGGGCGGUAAAAUGGAUGUCCUCCAAGAUGGGGUUGAUGCAAGAGAUGACCAACCCGGAUCUCGCGCCGGCCGGUACCACUGGAAAUCAUAUACCUGCAGCUGCGGAGAUAGCUGAGCAUAAAUUCCGAGUUGUUCAGUAUCAAGAAAACAGUGACGAAACCAGCUUUUCCAGAAAUAACAACAAAACUACUCCAGCUGUUAGGGUUUGUUCUGACUGUAACACAAACACAACGCCACUUUGGAGGAGCGGUCCUCGCGGCCCCAAGUCGCUGUGCAAUGCAUGUGGAAUUCGACAGAGGAAAGCGAGAAAAGCCAUGGCAGAGGCUGCGGCGGCUGCUGCAAAUGGGUUUGUAGUCGGCGCCACUGACACUUCAUCUGCCAAGGGUAAGGUGGCCAACAAGGAGAAGAAACCGCGGGGAAGCCAUAGCAAGAACAAGAGCAAGCUCAUCGUCACCGACACUCCAUCAGUACCUCCCAACAACAAAAUUAAUAGUAAUAAUAAUAAGAUUUGUUUCAAAGGUUUGGGCUUUCAACGAGUGUUUCCACAGGAUGUUGCUGAAGCUGCAAUCCUCCUUAUGGAGCUGUCUUGUGGCCUAAUUAAUCACUCUUGAUUUCCAUUUA